AUGUGGGCUGGGGACGUUGUGCAGGAUGCUUCCACAGCGGCCUCUAUCACAGACGUUAAUCAAUUCCAAUUUGACGACUUCACUCCUGAAGCUUCUGCUGUCGCAAGACUACAGGCUCCAACAUCAGGCACGGAUUCUCCGUCAAAUGGGUCGAAAUACCCUGCCAAAGUCCCUGGCGUUCUUCGACAAGGAGAUCCGAUGUUGUAUAGAAACGGUGACGGCGCGUUGCCACCGGAGAAAGCAUUCGCGAUACAGAUAGGAUGGAGGCUAUUUAGGUUGUCAGGGGCUAGUAUUCUAUCCGAUGGACCCUCCUAUUUUUCAACAUUUUUCGAGGAGCAGAUGCGUCAGCAUGAAGAAGACGACGGACCUGUAAAGACCCUCUACAUAGAUCGCGACCCUGAGACCUUUGCUGAUAUCUGUCGUCACCUUCAAGGCUACUACAUUGUUCCUCACGACAACGCUCAUUAUGUUAGACUGUACGCUGACGCCCAAUUCUACUCCUUGCCGCGCCUCAUUUCCCAGUUGUUCGAGUCCGACAUCUACACCACAAUCGGUGGUGUUCCUUUUCAGAUUCCACGUGACACCUUCUCUGGGCCUGGGAAUUCCUCAAACUUCUUCACGCUCGGUUUCUCUGGCAUGAUCGGUACUAGAGAGAAUGCUUUUCCCGGCCUAGAAUCUCGUGGGUUAAUGCGCCCACCUCCUGUUCCACCUCAAAGUAUACCCAACCGCUCUCCUGAGAUCUUCGCUGAUCUCAUCAACUUUUCGCGCGGCUAUCCGAUUACGAUUCGCGACCCUGACCACCGCGCUGCUCUCCUCAGUGACUGCAAAUAUUACGGCUUUAAGGGCUUGAUGCACCAAAUUUUCGCACACGACAUUUCCUAUAAUGCCGCUCGUUCAUGCACGGAAAUCGUCAUGCGCCUGGAAGACAUCCACAAAUCCGGCGUCUCCUUCUACUCCGACCCUUUACCUUCUGACCAAUCACCUCUUGGUGGCUGGGUACACUACUCCCGCCCCUUUGUAGACGAAACCUCUUACGAAGUAAUCGUCGAAAUCGGCAGCGCGUGGGAAACCAAAGUUGAUUUUCGAUCUAUGCGUGCCGAAUUCCACGGCGACACAAAAGCGCGCAUAUCUUCCCUCUUCCAGACUGUUGCGGAUAAGAUGAAUUUACCAUCGAAUCUUCCGUUAGGAUUGAUGAUGAGCAGUGGAGGAGCAAGCGCGGCACCUGCAAGCCCAGCCAACACACCAUUGAGCGAGGACCGCGUCAAGAUCAACAUCGGCGGUGACGCACACAUUAUGCUUGAUGGCCAAGAGCAUAUUAUGGAUCCGUUUGGCAGCAGCGCGGGUCAAUCAGAACAUGAGGAUUGGAGUAACACUCCGCUGCCACCGCAAUCACCGGUACCAAGGCUUUCUCCAAGGCAAUUCCAGAGCGCAACCAGUGGGAGUAGUAUGCCUGGUGGACCACCAAGCAAGAAACGCAAGCGAAGAGGUAGCCUCGACGAAUUCGGUGAAUGGAUCAUCAGGCACGGCCAGUGGAGAUUACGAGUGCAGGCGAAGCAGGAAUACGGCAUGGGAUCUGUAAGUUCUAGGAUGGGAAGGGCGUUUGAUCCACAGAGUGGAACAAGCAUGGAGAUUGUGCUUUGGGCUGUAAGAUUGGAGGCGGUCAGUGGGCAGCGAGGGAGGAACAUGGCAAGGGGCUGGGUGAAUUGA